AUAAUAACGACACCAGCAUUGGAAGGAACAACAACGACAACAGCAGCGACAUUACCUCCCGGAACUACUACAAGCGCACCCGUGUCCAUGAUUGUGAUCCCAACCGUACCCGGAGCCGUACCAGCCGUACCCGCAGUCGUACCAGCCGUGCCUGUACCUUUUGGCAACCCACAACUUGGUUAG